AUGCUUACACCUAACCCGUCGGUACCUCGUUUACCACCUCCGCCGUUGAAGCACGAAGUUGUCACAGCUCCACCUCCACGUGUGGUGAAUAAGGUUCUGUUUUGCAGUAAAUCAGACUUUGAAUCAGAAUUUCGUGAGUUGGGUUUUGCUUUGGCAUUGAUAAGCAAACCAAGUGCUACCUCGGAUAACUCUGUUUGGGCUCCUCCUUUGGCGGCUUUGAUGAACGAAUUUGCUGAUAUAUUUCCAGCAGAGUUACCUAAAGAGUUGCCUCCUCUCCGUGACAUCCAUCAUCACAUCGACUUGAUUCCCGGUUCUGUGUUACCAAACCGUCCUCACUACCGUAUGAGUCCCAUUGGAGCAUGA